CAACAACACCAAAUAUGACAUCUCCAACCGACAAUACCAAUAUACAACAACUUCAAAGAAAGUACAAUACUAGCAUAUUCAAGAUGCAACGCAAAAGAAAAAAAGCAUUGAUCGAAGAAACUUUGUCAAGUGAAGAUAUUCAAGAAAUAAAUGCAAAUACGAUUAAUAACAUUGAGAAUAAAAAGAAAGACAUUCGAAUGUCAGUUGAAAUUUGUAAAGAAAACAUUUUUCAUAAAGAUGACAAAGUUGAAAUUAAGCAAGCACUUAACCAAGAAAAGAUUGAUGAUUUGCAUUUGGCGGUUCUAAAAUCAUUAGAUAAAGGCAAGAUAUCUCAUGGUGCAAUAUCAAGUAUACGUCAAAGACUUAAUAAACAAAUGCAAAAUCUAGUUCCCUUAUCACUUACAAAUGUAGAAGAAGCAUCUGUUGCUUCUGAAUUAAUUGAAGAUCAACCUCAUAUUACUGAUCCUGAUAUAGUUAAUAAUGUAGUUGAAUCUGCUGAAAAAGGUGAACAGCAUUUUAUAAUUGAUAUAUUAAAUUUUAUUGUACCUGAGUAUAUAAAAAAAAGACUUUUAAUUCCAAAUAAUACUACUAUUAAACUUCAUAUAUCUGGAGAUGGUAGGAAUAUUCAUAGAGAUUUAGGAUUAAUGGCUUUUUCAUAUUCAGCUUUAGAGAAAAAAAACUAUAUUCAAGUAUGUCGAUAUUUUCAAAAUACAUUAAAAGAUGGUGGACAUGAUCGGUCUAGAAAAUCAGCAAUUCUAGAAAUAUUAGAACACGAAAAUCGGCAAUUAUUUUAUUGGCAAGCAAAUGUUUCUAGUUAUAUUAAAAAAGCUACACAAUACCGAUUAGAAUAA